CCUUGUGGCCCGUGCAGGGAGAGGAUGUUAGUCUACGUAACAAAGUGUCAGGCCAACAGCGUAGCAGCCAGCAAUACUAGGCAUAUUGGUCUAUUGCCUACAACGAGUGGUGUGCUGUCGACACGUCUGUUUAACGCAAAAAAACGAAACAGACCAAGGUACAUGGCCACAAUGCCGGUGUCCCUUAUUACACUAGAGAAUCAAGCAUGAAUUGAACGCAUGACUUGGAC